AUGUCGAAUAUCAAAGUUUUACAAGGAACAGCUGUCGCUGUGGUUGGUGUUGCACUCGCAACUACGUUGUACAUCGUCACUCGACGCAGAACCAAAGAAAUACCUAGCGACUACGUGUAUCCUAUUAUUGGAAACAUGCUUCAAAUCGCCAAAUACGCAGGAAAAGAUCUAGUGCACGAAUAUUUCCUCUUCGUUGGUGAAAAAUAUGGAAAGAUUGCUCGCUUUGUUGUCGGAACUGAACGUAUUAUGGUGAACGACGCUGCCGAGGCCAAGCGCAUCCUUCUGUCCUCGGAAUUCGAGAAAACGGUAGAUACGCGAAACUUUGCUGGUAUUGCGGAGAACGGUUUGAUAGGAUUGGAUGGAGACAAACAUAAGCUACAUCGAAAAGCUCUGCAACCUGCUUUCGGUCCUAGCCGUUUGAGGCAUGCCUUCUCUCAAUCUGUCACGUCAACCAAACAAUUGAUUGAGCAAUGGAAAUCUCAAAAGGGAGACAUAAAUUGCAACUUGCUGCACAACAUGAACUGCAUCACGCUCGACGUCAUAGGAAAAGUAGCUCUUAGCCAAGAUCUUCGAAUGGUGGAAUCUGCCGCCAAUCCUACUCCUGAAGGGCAGCUGCUCAAGUCUCAAAUGAAUACUGUGGUGAAAACUCUCAUGAAGAGGUUGUCAGUGCCUUCCAUGCUGUGGCCUUUGUUUGGCCUUUCGAAAGCUGACAUCAAUCGCAAGACUAAGCUCAUGCUCAAAUCUAUUGGUGCUCCAAUCGAUAUGAGCGCCAAAACGGUCAAUGAAAAGUUUGAAAAGACUAUUCAUUGGGAUGUUAUGGAUCGUCUCCUUGCUGGCAAUGUCGGAGCUAAAGGUGUUGGUGUGGUUUUCAAUGACGAAGAAAUAGCAGACGAAACCUUUGUGUUCUUCCUUGCUGGUUCCGAUACCACGGCCUUGACCUUGACCAACCUUUUCGUCCAGCUUGCAGACCAUCCAGAUGUGGUCAAGAAGCUACAGGCCGAAAUUGAUGCUGUUAUCGGAGCUAAGGGUGUAUUCACCCAGGAAAUGUUGCCACAACUCAAAUUCUUGGACUGUGCCGUAAAGGAAGUCAUGCGUCUACUUCCUGUCGCUCUUGCUGUCCAAGCUCGAACACCAGUGGCACCUACUACGCUGUGUGGCUACCAAGUAUACCCCGGCCAAUCCAUCUCAAUCAACACUGGAGCCAUUCAUCGCAAUCCAGAAUACUGGCACCACCCAGACAAGUUCUGGCCUGAACGUUGGGAAAGCGACUUUAUGCCAGUUCCUGGUAGCUACGUGCCAUUCGGCGAUGGUAUUGCCAAUUGUAUUGGCCAACGUCUUGCAAAUCUUGAGAGUCGUACAGUUGCUGCUUUGCUCUUGCAGAGCUUUGAUAUUGAGCUACCGGAAGGCCAAGAUCUCGCCCGUACCACGGUUUCUCUAACUGGAUACAAGCCUGGCUUGCAAUUCCGUUUCAAGCCUCGCGCAAAGUGA